AUGGCGCCCUUUACGGAUGCCUGGAAGACUGCGGUAGAAGCUGAGAAGGGACUUUUACAAUGCUUCUCGCAAGAACGUCGCACCUUCGAUGAAUUCGAGCAUUACCUCGCCGAAUUCCGAACAUCAUGCCAAAACGCACUACUCUUUGACUUCAAUGCCGCCCGCGAGGCCGAUGUCGAGGGCCGUCUGUGGGAUGCGCAUCUCAAAGUGAACAGUCGGUUCCGCAAGCAGCUGCUUCGCUUCCGUGAAGAGCACGGCAAAAAGAAACCGGUAGAAAGACGGAAACUCGAACGCCACUAUCUCGAUUUCAUCAAGUCCAGCCAGCGGUUCUACAGGGGAUACAUCCAGCAUUUAUCCUCUCGCUUCGGGGGAGUUGUUGAGCUGGAGAGGGUUGCGCGCAAAUUCAAUUUCGAGAACUUGUCUGGCCAACCUCCAAUCAAGCCCUCCGGUGACCUGCGCAUACUUAUUCUGCAAUCGUGCCACUCAACCCUUAUUCGACUGGGAGAUCUUUCCCGCUAUCGCGAAUCAGAACUCGUCAGCAAAGAUCGGAAUUGGGGUCCUGCAAUUGGCUACUAUGAUUUGGCAGCUGUGAUCAACCCUGCGUCUGGCGCAUCUCAGAACCAGCUAGCAAUCAUAGCCUUGGCUGACGGAAAUCAUCUUCGUGCCACAUAUCAUCUCUACAGAGCUCUCUCGGCCCAGGAACCCCACCCUACGGCCCAAAAUAACCUGGAGCUCGAAUUUCGAAAAAUCAUGAGCGCCUGGGCAAAGAGGGAAUUGAUUCGUCCUGAAGAUGCUGGCAUUCCCGGCAGAGCAUUGACGCCAUGGUUCCUUUAUCUCCAUGCCAAAUGCUACAAGGGCACUGAUUUCCCAGAGCAUGAUGAGCUUGAGAGCGAGGUUCUCAGUCAGCUGGGAGUUGAAAUAAGAGAAAGAUCACUGGAAGGCACACUCCAGAAGUUCUGUCUUAUCAACAUCGCAGCUGAGGAUUUUGCGAAGUUCCGCUCUACCGAGGAAUCUGCCUCCGACGCACGCGUUUUCUUCCAGCGAAUUAACGUUAAAACAUUUUUUACCCUGCUCCAAAUUCUUUUGGUUGAGCUAGAAAGAACAGCCUCAUUCGAGGACUUGGGCAAAGACUCUCUUCCGAGCCCAGAAAAGGUUUCAGUGGUAGCACGUCGCAUUCUGCCUGCGCUUCGCCAUUACAGCUCAUGGUUGCUCACUAACAACCAAGCUUUGGUUGAUCAGAAGGAAGAAAAGGACUCGUCGCUCUCGAUCCAGAUUAAAGAGUUCUGGAAGAUCUACGCUGGGACUCUGAGCUUGCUCGCAUCCUCAUUCGAUGUAGUCACGCUCCCUGAGAUUGACUACUUACUGGAAGAAGACGAGGAAAGCCUUGGCUUUGCGCCUCUGGACCAAGAUGCUACUUCUCGCCGGUAUGUUGGAGGAGGUGCCCAGCCCAAGCCUCGCAUGCACGAUCUUGGAGUUGAACGAAGCCACCCCAAUAUGGAAAUGCUCUACCGAAUCCGCGAGUUCGUGAUUGAUGGACUUGAUUUGGUCGUGAGAAGUAAAAUCCCGGUUGCCCUUGUUGAUAGCGAGGACAAAAAGACUUUCAUCUACCAGGAGGAAGAUCUACCAUCGCAAUUCUUCUCGAGCCCUCACGAUCGAAACCAAGCUCUUUCAGCUGGAAACAUCGAGCGUGAGGAUAUUCCUCAAGCACCUCAACAUCCGCACUCUGUCGCCGAGGCGCAGAGUCUGUUCGGUGGCUCUCAAUCUGCAUCGGCAUCUAUGUCUGCAAACAUGCACCAGAUCGUGGAAGGCGUUGAGCGGCUGGUGGAUUCGGAUACAUACGAAAAUCCUUCCGAUGACCAAUAUGCGUUCCUGAGUCCGGUUGGGGAGAUUCUUACGCCCACGCGUGUCUCCCCCAACCCCAACUCCUACCCGUUCGGAGAACAAAGCACCCCGCCGCUGAACAAUCAUAUUGGUCCUCCACCUGGGCUUGCGCCUCCCGCCUCAAACGGAGUCGACCUCCUUCGAUCCUCCUCGGCUCAGUCAUACACGCCGAGGCCAGCAAUACCCAGCAUACCAAGCAUCUGGAAUCUAGGAAGAGAUAAUGCCUCUCCACGAACUCCCCCCGGUCUCGGCCCACAAGCACCGGCUGGCCAGCAAGUCCCGCUGCAUCCCGCGACUGCUGGAAGUGGCUUGUCAUCUGAACGCACGUCGUCCCAAGAAUUUGCCAACGAGAUAAUGCUUCGACAGCACCUCUUGGCUCAGAGCCAAUACUCCAACUCGGUAGAUGUGGGAUCAAUGCCGACGCCGUGGUCAUCGUCCACCAUGUCUCCUGCUCAGCCACGUCCCUCCGGCACCGGUUGGGAUCACGGACGAACAACUUUGGGUGCAUUCGAGCUCCCAAGCCAAGUCUCCUCUAGCAGCAUGGGCCAUCCUUCAUGGGCAAAUGAAGCUUUCCUCGCCAGCAGCCUUGCCAGCGGAUCUCCAUACGGCUCUGGCAUUGCAGGCCGCAAGCCAGUAACGCAACUUGGGGCGAUCGGCCAAACACCACCGUGCGGCCAAGGAGGUUGA